UGCGCACCAUGAGUCGCCAGGCCAGCUAUGGCCAGCAGUCCAGCAGCAGCCGCCGCCACGGCUUCAGCGGUGGCUCGGCCGUGGUGUCCGGCCAGGGCCGGAUCAGCUCCUCCAAGACCUCCCGCUCUGGGGGCAGCAGCGGGAGCAUGGCUUCUGCCUGCGCCAUGAUGGGAGGAAAUUUCGGCAGCAGGAGUCUGCAGAACCUUGGGGGGAAUAAGAAGAUCUCCAGCAGCGUGGCCGGGGGCAGCUUCCGACCCGGCGGGUUUGGGAGCGCCUGCGGGUUUGGAGGGGGCGGGAGAGGAAUGUGUGGGAGCUUCGGUGGAAGAAGUGGGGGCUUUGGAGGAUCAGGGGGCUUCGGAGGGUCAGGGGGCUAUGGUGGAGGAUCUGGAGGCUUUGGAGGAGGAGCUGGGGGCUUCGGUGGCGGAGCUGGGGGCUUUGGAGGAAGUGGAUUUGGUGGCUCUGGUGGAUUUGGUGGCCACGGUGGUUUUGGUGGGCCCGGCGGUCCAGGUGGCUUCCCUGGGGGAAUCCAUGAAGUGACGGUCAACCAGAGCCUCCUGCAGCCCAUCAACGUGGAGAUCGACCCCCAGAUCGGACAAGUAAAGACCCAGGAGCGUGAGCAGAUCAAGACCCUCAACAACAAGUUCGCCUGCUUCAUCGACAAGGUGCGGUUCCUGGAGCAACAGAACAAGGUUCUGGAGACUAAGUGGAGCCUCCUGCAAGAGCAGGACGCUGCCCCGAAGACCCCCACCCUCAACCUGGACCCUUUCUUUGAGAACUACAUCAGCAGCCUCAACAGCUUCCUGUCCGGGCUGCAGAGCGAGAAGGACAAGCUGCAGUACGAGCUGAGGAACAUGGAGGACAUGGUGGAGGACUUCAAGAAGAAGUACGAAGAAGAGAUCAACAAGCGCACAGCUGCAGAGAAUGACUUUGUGGUCCUGAAGAAGGACGUCGAUGCCGCCUACAUGAGCAAGGUGGAACUGGAGGCCAAGGUGGAGAGCGUGUCAGACGAGAUCAACUUCCUCAAGGCCCUCUACAAUGCAGAGAUGUCCCAGGUGCAGUCAGACGCCAGCGACACAUCCGUGGUCCUGUCCAUGGACAACAACCGCUUCCUGGACCUGGACAGCAUCAUCGCCGAGGUCCAGGCCCAGUACGAGGCCAUUGCCCAGAGGAGCAAGGCCGAGGCCGAGGCACUAUACCAGUCCAAGCUGGGGGAGCUGGAGAACACGGCCGGCAGGCAUGGAGAUGACCUGAAGAGUACCAAGAAUGAGAUCGCGGAGCUCAACAGGCUGAUCCAGAGGCUGCGCGCUGAGAUCGAGAGCGUCAAGAAGCAGAAUGCCAACGUGCAGACAGCCAUUGCUGAAGCCGAGCACCGCGGGGAGAUGGCCCUCAAGGAUGCCAACACCAAGGUGCAGGAGCUCAAGGCCGCCCUGCAGCAGGGCAAGGAGGACCUGGCCAAGCUGCUGCGCGACUACCAGGAGCUGAUGAGCGUCAAGCUGGCGCUGGACAUGGAGAUCGCCACCUACAGGACCCUCCUGGAGGGCGAGGAGUGCAGGUGA